GUGAGCUGUCAAAAUUGCCGCAUCGUAGAACGUAAACUGCAGAAGCGAAAGCAACUUUGCUGGCCGAAGGAAAGCUACGAAAACGUUGUUUAAUUGAAACCAUGGACUCGAAGGAAGUGUCGCUGAUCAUUAAAUGGAGCGGCAAAGAGUUUCCCAUCGAAGAUCUGACCGAGCACGAUACCGUCGCCGUUUUGAGGCACGAAAUAUGCAAAAAAACACAGGUCCGGCCGGAGCGACAGAAGCUGCUCAACUUAAAGUACAAAGGCAAGCCGGUUACGGAUGAUGUCAGGCUGGGCGCAAUGGACCUGAAGCCCAAUUUUAAAGUAAUGAUGGUUGGUUCGCUGGAGUCCGAUAUCAAAGAGGCAGCGUCGCGACCCGAAGACGUCGGUAGUGUCGUAAAUGAUUUCGACAACGAGGAGGAAGACAAUGUUGCGUUCGAAAAUAAGGAGGUUUACUUGGCCAAAAUCAACAAACGGAUCAAAGACUACACCAUAAAGGAAUUGAAUCCUCCGCGUGAAGGGAAAAGGCUGCUCGUGUUGGACAUCGAUUAUACGAUAUUUGAUCAUCGGUCUGCUGCUGAAAACGGAACGGAACUGAUGCGACCGUAUCUACACGAGUUUCUAACGUCCGCCUACCAGGACUACGACAUAGCGAUAUGGUCCGCCACGUCGAUGAGAUGGAUAGUGGAGAAAAUGAAGCUGCUCGGGGUAACGGAUGAGGCCCGGGAUUACAAGCUGGUGUUUAUGCUGGACGAUGCCGCUAUGAUAACGGUCCUUUGCCCGCUGCGCGGUGUGAUCGAGGUGAAACCGCUGGGCGUAAUUUGGGGCAAGUACAGCCAGUACUCGUCGAAGAACACGAUCAUGUUCGAUGAUUUGCGGCGCAACUUUCUGAUGAAUCCGAAAUCGGGACUGCGCAUCAAGCCGUUUUCCGAGGCGCACCUCAACCGGCACAAGGACAAGGAGCUGGUGAAGCUGGCCAAGUACUUGAAAGCGAUCGCGGAGCAUUGCGACGACUUUGAUACGCUUAACCAUCGACGAUGGGAGGACUAUCUGGCUAAGAAACGAUCAUCGCAUUGAUAUUGGGUAUCGGGGGUGGGGAGGGGACUGGGCAGCGAACGAUUUAAUCGUGCACGCUUUAUCGUUUUCAAAUGAAUACAAAUAUUCUUACUGAGCA